CAGCUCGGAGGUAGCAACGAUGUUUGUAAUUUUUAUUAUUUUAAUACAAAUAGCGAUGGGAAUAGUAUGAAAAUACGUUUUUAUUAAACAAAAUUUGAAACAUGAUAUUUCCAGAUGUUUAAGCAAGUGCUUGUUUUCGUAUAUACAUUUAAUCAUAAUUGUUUUAAUUAUGUAGUACAUUUCAAGAUAAAAGUGUAACGAUCAUAAUUCCUCUAUUAAGUAAAUGAACAGCUGUACAUAUUUUCGGUGCAUUUUUUUACUAUGUGAAUAAAGGGCUAAGAGAGUUGUGUGCAACACAAGCGUACGAACAACUGGGAACUUCUAAAUUCUUAGGGUUUAACUUUGGAUAUUACACGUGGUGUUGUUGGAGAAUUUACAAGAACAUGAUGACUGCGGAUAAUGUGAAAGUCACUAUGUUUGUUAUUCUAGGACUUAUUAUAGGUGAAACAUUUGGAUUGUAUUUAACAAAGACAAAGCCAAAUAGUUUAAGUGCAAUUUUACAUGAGAAAAACCUUCCAAGUCGUAAGAAAAGGGACAUUCGUUCAGAUUAUCCGUCUGUUAACCAUUAUGCCAGACAUGCAUUGUGUCGAACAUUCAAGGGUAAACAACAUUUAUACAAAGCAAUGAAGAAAAAGAUAUGUGGAAUGACAUUGUCCUUCAUAGCAAGUUUGGUGAUUGAUCUUUGUCGCCAUAAAAACGCGAUGCUAGAUACCUGGGUAGCCGGACUGUUUGAUGUUGAUGGUAACGGGCAGAUAACUCAUUUUGAGCGUAAUAUGUAUGAAGAUACUUACAGCUGAGAGAAAAUUCACAACCGCAAAUUCAUUAGGAGGUUUUGUGCAGGAGUAAAAAUCAUGAAGCCCUAG